AUGGCUACCCAAGCUCCUGACGUGGAAAUACGGGUUGGAAACGCUACAGCGGGUGUCAAUACGAACAAGAAAUACCUCGAGCGUGACAGUAUGGAGACCAUUUUUCGACGAUUACAGGCCUCGCUAGCGAAACUUACCACAGCUUCUGAAAAGCAAACAGCUGCUUCUGAACAGCAGGCACCUGCCUUUGCAAGCUUCGGCUUCUUCCUUAAUACAGUUGACCAAACUGUGGAAGAUGAAGAGUGUGUAGAGCACGAAUGUGACCCUUCGCUUGACAUCAACAACACUUUAGACAACGUACUCGAAACGACUCGCGUUGCCGUAAACGAGAAAGUAAUGUCGCAGGAUUCUGUUGUACCUGACUCAGGUCCACACAGCGAUCUACUAG